AUGGCACCGGCCUCCUCCUCCUCCUCCUCCUCCUCCCCCGGCCCGGCGCCCUGGCGCGCCGACUUCCUCAAGAACGUCAACGACAUGGCCUCGCCCGAGUUCACCCUCGCGACGCUGCACUCCGCCCCGGCCCCGGCUCCCGCCCCGGCCGUCCCGCGCCUGCGCACCGUCAUCUUCCGCGGCCUCUGGGCCGAGCUCCCCGACAUCAACCGCAGGAUCAUUUGCAAUAUUUCUACUCCUGACGACGACGACUGGAGCUUCGCCCGCGAGGUCACGGCGCACUUUGGGAACCUCAGCCCGGCGAUGCGCGGCACGUUCCGCAACCCGGAGCCGGGGACGUCGCGCAAGGCGAACCCGGCCGACGGCGGCCACGGGCUGGGGCACAAGGUCGAGGACCUCCACGACGAGGUGGCGCGCGCCAACUUCCGCGUCGUCGUCAUCGUGCCGACCGAGGUGGACGAGACGGACCUGAGCGACCCGGAGGACCCGCGGCGGUGGCUGUACCGGUUCGUCGGCGCGUCGGCCGACGCUCGCCCGACGGACGAUACGGAACGAUCCAACGGUUGGGAGAAGAUUGAGCUGUGGCCGUAG